UCGAAAGAACAGACCAAUCAUUUUCUACGCUCGUGAUAUAUAUUUGUGACGAUAUUUCUUAAAUUUAUUUUCGUUAUUAAAAUGUCAUUGCAACAUAAAUACGGAUGUAUAUUAAGUUAUGUAAAACAUCGUGAAAAACGUCACGAGCGAUUAAUGGAAUUUCCGAUCCCGAUACGUCAAGGGCCAAUUGCCGGUGUACUUUGACCCCUAGCUUUCCCAACAAGUUUUAGAGCAGUUAAUUCUUUUACCGAGAAACUUUCAGUCACAUAGUAAUCAUGUCGGAUAACGUUAGCCCUAUUAAAUAUUUCUUAAGCGGUGGAUUCGGAGGGGUGUGCACCGUGGUAGCUGGCCACCCUCUGGACACCAUAAAGGUACGACUCCAGACAAUGCCAGUGCCAGGACCUAACGAAUUGCCUUUGUACUCUGGUACAUGGGACUGUGCUAAGAAAACAAUUACCAAAGAGGGAAUACGUGGUUUAUACAAAGGCAUGGGCGCACCAUUAUCUGGUGUUGCUCCAAUAUUCGCAAUAAGUUUCUUUGGGUACAGUGUUGGGAAGAAGCUGCAGCAGAGGGUUCCAGACGAGAAACUCACGACGUCGCAGUUGUUUUAUGCUGGCGCAUUCAGCGGCAUUUUCACGACUAUUAUAAUGGCACCCGGUGAACGUAUCAAGUGUCUGUUACAAAUACAGCAUGCGGAUGCUAAGCCGAAAUAUAGUGGACCUUUGGAUUGCGCGAAACAAUUAUAUCGAGAAGGAGGCAUCAGGAGUAUUUAUAAAGGCACCUGUGCCACAUUGUUAAGAGAUAUUCCAGCCAGUGGGAUGUAUUUUAUGACGUACGAAUACCUAAAGGAACAAUUUACCCCAGAGGGAGGGAAACUUAGCUUACUGGCUACCAUAACGGCCGGCGGUUGUGCGGGCAUUGCAAAUUGGUUGGUGGGGAUGCCACCUGAUAUCUUAAAAAGUCGCCUGCAGACUGCACCAGAAGGCACGUACAAAAAUGGGAUACGCGAGGUAUUUGUUCAAUUGAUGAAAAAUGAGGGACCAAUGGCGCUUUACAAGGGCAUCGUGCCCGUAAUGUUACGAGCUUUUCCCGCAAACGCAGCUUGUUUCAUGGGCUUCGAAAUUUGCAUGAAAUUUUUGAACUGGAUCGCACCAAGUUUAUAAAUUUAAAUCGUGCGAUGUAGUUAUAGAAUUUUUGGAAAGUGUUCUGUCUCUCGAUAUUCGUUGGCCCUAUCUCAAACUAUAGUUCAGCAGAUGCAAAGUGAUUAAUUUUAUUGCGAUAAAAAUAGAUUACAUAAAUUUAUUCUUGCCUUGCAGCUAUUUCGAAAAUAAGUCUUAAUUGUAUGUAUCUCGAACCGAUAAUACAUACGUAGAAUAUUAAAACUGUUGGAAAUAUGCGAAGAAAGAUAUUCUUUGAAAAGCAAAUUUUUUAAAUUUCAUCACAUGUACAUACAUAUGUAAGAAAGAAACAAAUGAAAGUACGAGAUCAGGGUAUUGUAUAGAUUUGUAAAGAGAAUUUCAAAUAUUCAAACAUAUCAUGUAUUGCGAAUCGCGAUGUUAAUAAUUUUUAAGGGAAUCCUAAGGCAAAUUACCGACAUUUUUUAAAAUAUUUUUGAAUUGAUAUUACAGAAUUAAUACACAUACUUUACAGACUUUACAAAAUAAUAUAUAUAUAUAUGUUUAAAAAAUUUUGUUCGUUAUUAGCAUGAAAUCGUCUUUUGGGUUCUUCAAUUUUAUGCGUACUUUAAUUGUGUAAAAAAAUUUUGCAAUCUUUUGUAAAGUCAAUUUACAAAGAUAUCUCAAAAUGAGAAAAAGUCGGUAAUUUACUUUAAAAUCUCCGUAAGAUGCGUAUUGAAAGACUGCUAAAUAAUUGCUGUAUAUGUGCAAAUUUGAAUGUCACAAAAUCGUAUUGUGUAUCAUACAGUGUGAAUAUAAAAUUUUAUUAACGUAACAGUAUAUAUACAUUAAUUACAUUCGUAUUAUAUAUUGUACAUUAUAUUGCAUAUUAGGAAAUAUACAAUCAGGAUUUUAUUGAAUUUUAUCAGCUUUGUAAUAUACUUUAUGUAUAAAAAAAAACUUUGCAAUCUUCUGUACAAGACUUUUAAGAACAAUAUAAAUGUAAAUAAAUAAUUAAAUAAUUUUCUGAAAAAAUGUAUUAACGCACAAAAUAAAAUUUUCUAUUUCUGUUA